AUGGGCGAACUCGAAGCGAAGGAUAAGCACGGGCCCGGCACUCACACCCCUCUGGGGAGGGCCCGGACCUCGGCUCCCCAUCCUGGCGGCGCCGGGGGAAGGCGCCGAGCUGCGCGCGCCUUCGGCAAACUAGCCCGGCGGCUCCUGCAAACUUUGCGGGGGGCGCGGCGGCGGCGAGAGCAGCGGCAGCGGCGGGAAAGCGCUGAGGCGGAAGACGACGAAGGCGGCUUUAAGCGGCCGCCCGGCUCCGAUCGCGGCCAAGCAGGUGGCGGCAGCGGCGGCGGCGGCGUCCGGCUAGGCUCGGGCGCGCUGAGCCCCACUCCUACAGCCAGUUCCGGGGAUCCGCGCCCGCUCACCCCCGGCGCGCAGGGGCUCAAGAAUCACGGCAACACGUGUUUCUUGAACGCCGUGGUGCAGUGCCUGAGCCACACCGAGCUGCUCGCCGCCUUCCUCCUGCUGGCUUUGCCUGAUCCCCCGAGUCCAGCCAGAGCUGGAUCGAAAGCCGCCACCGGAGAGGUCACUCGGCACUUGGCAGCGCUUCUACGCGCGCUCUGGACUCUGGAGUACACCCCGCAGCUGUCCGCAGACUUCAAGAAUGUUGUCUCUAAAUAUGGUGCACAGUUCCGUGGAAAUGCACAACAUGAUGCUCUGGAGUUCCUUCUGUGGUUGUUGGACCGCAUGCAUGAAGACCUGUGUUCUGUUUCUUUUAAUCAAAAACUAAAGCUGUCUGGAAAGCCACCAUCUGGACAGGAAGAGAACUCCACCAGUGGAAAUGCCCAAGCAACUGUUCAGCCUCCCAAGGGCCAAAGCUUUGUGCAGAAUCACUUCCAGGCCCAGUACAGAUCUUCAUUGACUUGUCCUCAUUGCCGGAAACAGAGCAAUACUUUUGAUCCUUUUCUAUGUAUCUCAUUGCCCAUCCCCUUGCGUCAAACCAGGCCUUUGAAUGUCACUCUUGUCUUCCAGUCCAAAAGCCAGCGAUUUGUGCGUAUAGGACUAGCUGUGCCUCUCUUCAGCACUGUGUCCAAGUUGAGGGAAAUGGUGGCUGAGGAGGGCAAGAUUUCACCUGACCAGGUAAUCCUGGUUGAACUAAACCAGUCAGGGUUCCACUGCUCCUUCUCGGAUGAUGAGGAUCUGAACUCCAUUGCAGAAGGGGACAACAUUUAUGCUUUCCAGGCCCCACUCUCUUUUAGAAGGGGUAGCUCCUCCCGAAUCUCAGGUUGCCCACAGAGUCUCCCAUCUUCUCCCAAUUCUGCUGAGCCAGAGGGGCAGCGUUUGGUUCAUAAUGGGGCCAUGUCAUCAGAGUUCCUGCACCAUGGUGGAGGUGGCAAAAUCCUGCUCCUUGUCUGUAAUUUAGCCGGAACAGGGCAACAGGCUGUGAG